AUGGCGAUUGUGGAGUGGGCGACCACAUCGGUCUCGCCGACACCGACACCGACACCAACACCACUCUCUACGCCCUCGGCCUCAACGGCGCCAUCAGCCGGAGCGAUAGCAGGUUCCGUCAUCGGUGGCGUCGCAUUCGUACUGCUCGUCAGCGCGGCUGCGUUUCUUUUCCUCCGCCGCCGCCGUCGUCGACAUCAGCUCCGGCGCCAGAACAGGACGCCGGCAGAGCUGACGGACAAGACGAGCCCGAGGUCAGAGCUGGAGACGAAGGAGCGACCACAGGAGCUCGUGGCGCCGGCGCAAGUCUCGGGAGGGAUGUAUGAAAUGCCUGGGUAG